AUGAGCUCCUUUUCAAUGAACGCGUUGACCAAGGCAUUGCCGUCGGUAUGUCGCCAAUCUCAGCCUCGAAUUCAGUCUUUGCGUGUCACACGUCCCUUUUCGAUUACUAGCUCUCAACAAGCUGCACGAGUCGAUCGGGACGAAAUGCAAAGACAGAUUCUGGGUCGCGACUCGCAGGCACCCUCCGACACCUCAUCGCCCUCUGACACUUCAUCGCCCUCAUCGCCCUCAUCGCCAUUGUCCGCAAUCACGCAAAUGAUGAAUGGCGAGAGAGCCCCCGCGCGCCGUAACAACUUCCGAAUGGCCGAAAGCUUCGAGGCCGAUAUGAUCAAGAACCCUUAUGCCAACCAAGCCCCGGCUCACCACCUGCACGUCUACUGCCACAAGCAUAACACAAUUCUCACCUUGACACGGCCAAACGGCGACCCUAUCAUGUCACUUGGCUGUGGUCAGAUUGGCUUCCGCAAAGCUGGUCGCUCUGGGUUUGACGCAGCAUACCAACUUUCCGCUCAUGUGCUUGCUCAAAUCAAGGAGAAGGGCCUCCUGUUGGAGAUCAAGCGGUUAGAAGUUGUAUUCCGUGGAUUUGGAAAGGGCCGGGAGGCAUUCACAAAGGUGCUUCUGGGCAACGAGGGACGAUUCAUCAAAGGACUUGUCGUGGGAGUGACCGAUUCUACUCGGCUCAAGUUCGGUGGUACUCGCAGUCGACACGAGCGUAGACUGGGUUGA